AUGUUUUUUGGUUUUCCUGAGCGUUUAUUUCCUCAUGCCAAGUAUGACUCUCAUCGCAUGCGAAUAUUUGCACUCGCUAUCUCAUGGAUAAGCAUCGUCUACAAUGGAAUAGAAGGAGGGGCAUCGAUCGGAUUGGGAGCUGAUUCUAUCUCACGCGCUCUUAUCGUGUUUGGAAUACAAUCGUUUGUUGAAGUCUUCUCAGCUAUGCUCGUCAUCUACCGCUUUCGCCGUGAAUUUAACGGCAACUCUCCGCCGAAUUUAUCUCUAGAAAGGCGGGCUACACUUGGUAUUGGCCUUCUUUUCAUACUCCUCACCAUCGGCACGUGGGUAGCAUCAAUCCUCGCUCUCGUUACGCAUUCUGAACCUGAUUCUUCGAAACCAUCCCUCAUCGUUUCUGCCAGUGCACUUGGAUGCAUGCUAUUCGUUUGGCUACCUAAGCCAUGGAUAGCUACUGAGCUGAACAGCUCUGUUAUGCACGGAGAAGCUUCUUGUUCUCUCGCAUGCAUUUAUCUCACUAUUGUUCUUUUUGUGGGAAGUUUAAUUUAUAAAUUAUGGCAUGGAGGAUGGUGGAUUGAUAGCGCCGUAGCAAUUCUUCUCGGGUUCUUCUUUCUCCGCCAAGGAUGGAACAUGAUUUCAUGGGCUCGAGAUAAAGAGUUUAACGGAGGCUGUUGCAAGGCAUGUUCAGCACCUUCUUCUACCAUCUGUUACGCGAAUAAGACAGCAACAUCCAAUAACUGCAACGGUGAUUGUUCUCAAACUUGCUCCGUACCUUCUGCUACUGUCUGUUGCGCGAAUAAGACAACAACAUCCGAUGACUGCAACGAUGAUUGUUCUCAAACGUCUUCCAUACCUUCUGCUACUGUCUGUUGCGCGAAUAAGACAACAACAUCCAAUAACUGCAACGAUGGGUGCCAUAAAAAAAGUGCCACAUCUUCGUCGACUGCCUCUUCUACCAACAUUGCAGGAACAUCUGUUGUAGAGUGCGAAAAUGUGCGGAAGUGCAACUGCUGCGCCAGCAAGAAGGAGUGCGUGGAAGCUGGUACAUGUGUUUGCGGGCCGCUACUUUGCGAUAAAGCUUUAGGUGAUAUUCUGUGCUGUUCGGGUCCGACAAAAUGUUGUCCAUACGGCAUGACUGCAGCCUUUUUAGUUUGA